CAAAUGGAAAAUUGUGUCGAAUCAAAACUGUUUACAGUACCAUACCAAUACAUCGAAGGUCGUGUUAGUUCAGACCAUCACAUACAUAGAACGAGCAACUAGGUCGUUCCGUACAGCCCCAAAUCGUUGGGAAAACAUAACGGUUCAUUAGCCAAGCCGAAGUCUCUAAGCAAACAUUUCACAUUUUAUCUUACACCGUAUUCACACAUCGACGGCUCUGUACGUUUGGUACACAAGGAAAAAAAAAUCGAUCGAAUGAUGUUGCUCGCGUUUAUUUUGCUCAAUUUACUAUCAACGUUUGCCAAAGCAAAUGUACGACAAAGAAGAUAUCUCGUUUACCCGGACGGUGGGCCGGCCCGUGCUCAGUUCAUCAUUGGUGUGGGUGUGCCUGUUGAUUUAAAAGAAGCAUCAGUUACUGUUGGAACAGUCAUUAAAUUUCAAUACGAUUUACCAACAAACAGUUCUGAAUACACGAGUCGAAUCUAUGGAUUCGCGAACACUGUAUCCAGAGAUAUGGAUGGCGAUGGCAAAGAGGACGAUGAGAAAGAAAUUGAUGACCAUAAAGGAAACGAAUUACUCGAAAAUGAUAAUGAUAAUGAUACUUUAGUUGAUAUAACUUUUGAUGAUAGAAGGAAAAGAUCGAUUAUGUUCUCUGAAGGAGGAUCGAUAAAUAACAUAGAUGUAUCGAAAACAAAUCAAAUUUCGCUUGAAGAAGCUAUAAGACGACAAGAAAUGAUAGACCAAAAGCAUAAAGAUGAAACAGAGCCACAAAGAAUGAAUAGAUGGGACUUCUACAAAAUCAUAGAGCAUAUGGCAGAAAGGUACGGUUACUCUGGUAGACCUUGUCUGCUCAGGACGAUCUGCGAAGCGGCCGAGGUUCCCUUCACACAUGAAAAUGGUUUACUUGGAGAAAUAGGUCAUAUAAUAUUCACACCGUCCACAACCAAAGAUCCUGUCUCCCAUCAUACGGAUACUGAAUACCACGCCGCAGAAAGACUGGGCAGAGAAGCAGAACAGGAUUGCGAAUCUUUCUUUCCGGAAUGCGAGAGUUCCGUGUUAGAAACCUUUACUGAAAUCGGAAUGGAUACUUUACAUAAAUUUGGCUUGAUGUAA